UGUUCACUCUGCAGAGGGAGGACGUGCUGUGACUACAGCUAACGACUGAAUGAAGUCAGCUGACUUUUCUUGUUCCUCGCGUCUCAUCUGACCAAAGCAUCUGGACACAGGACUGUCUCAUUAUCUGAGACACAUUCAAAAUGGACUUCUCCAAGCUUCCCAAGAUCCGAGAUGAGGAGCGGGAGGGACAAUUCGGAUAUGUGCAUGGCGUAUCUGGACCUGUGGUGACGGCCUCCAGUAUGGCAGGAGCUGCCAUGUACGAGCUGGUGAGAGUGGGCCACAGUGAGCUUGUGGGAGAGAUCAUUAGACUGGAGGGUGACAUGGCCACCGUUCAGGUCUAUGAAGAGACAUCUGGUGUGUCGGUUGGUGACCCUGUCCUGCGCACAGGGAAGCCCCUCUCUGUGGAGUUAGGACCAGGAAUCAUGGGCUCCAUCUUUGAUGGAAUUCAGCGUCCCCUCAAAGACAUCAAUGACCUCACCCAAAGUAUCUACAUUCCUAGAGGAGUCAACAUUGGUGCCCUUAACCGUGAUCUGAAAUGGGAGUUCUCUCCAUCCAAGAGCGUGCGAGUUGGCAGUCACGUCACUGGAGGUGAUAUCUAUGGUAUGGUGUUUGAAAACUCUCUUAUUAAACACAAAAUAAUGUUACCACCAAAAAGCCGAGGAACUGUCACAUACGUAGCACCACCUGGAAACUAUGAUGUCUCGGAUGUGGUGUUGGAGUUGGAGUUUGAGGGGGUAAAAGAGAAGAACACCAUGGUGCAAGUGUGGCCAGUGCGUCAGGUCCGGCCAGUCACCGAGAAACUUCCUGCAAAUCACCCUCUGCUGACUGGUCAGCGGGUACUGGAUGCCCUCUUUCCGUGUGUGCAGGGAGGGACCACUGCCAUCCCUGGUGCUUUCGGUUGUGGUAAAACUGUGAUCUCUCAGUCCCUGUCCAAGUACUCCAACAGUGAUGUCAUCGUCUACGUCGGCUGUGGAGAGCGUGGUAACGAGAUGUCUGAAGUACUCCGAGAUUUCCCUGAGCUCACCAUGGAGGUGGAUGGGAAAGUAGAGAGCAUCAUGAAGAGAACAGCCUUGGUUGCCAACACAUCCAACAUGCCUGUGGCUGCCAGAGAAGCUUCCAUUUACACAGGAAUCACGCUGUCUGAGUAUUUCAGGGACAUGGGCUACAAUGUGAGUAUGAUGGCUGACUCCACGUCUCGAUGGGCAGAAGCUCUGAGGGAGAUCUCCGGUCGUCUGGCUGAGAUGCCUGCUGAUAGCGGUUAUCCUGCCUAUCUCGGAGCACGUCUGGCUUCAUUUUAUGAGCGUGCUGGUCGAGUUAAAUGUCUUGGUAACCCAGAGAGAGAGGGCAGUGUGAGCAUUGUGGGAGCUGUGUCUCCCCCUGGUGGUGAUUUCUCAGAUCCUGUGACAUCUGCUACUCUUGGUAUCGUACAAGUGUUUUGGGGUCUGGAUAAAAAGCUGGCUCAGAGAAAGCACUUCCCUUCAGUGAACUGGCUCAUCAGUUACAGUAAGUACACACGAGCACUGGACGAGUACUACGACAAGCACUUCCCUGAAUUUGUACCACUGCGUACCAAAGCCAAAGAGAUCCUGCAGGAAGAGGAAGACUUGGCUGAGAUUGUGCAGCUUGUGGGGAAGGCAUCUUUGGCUGAAACGGAUAAGAUCACGCUGGAAGUUGCCAAAUUAAUCAAAGAUGAUUUCCUGCAGCAAAAUGGAUACACACCUUAUGACAGGUUUUGUCCGUUCUAUAAGACAGUGGGUAUCUUGUCCAACAUGAUUGCGUUCUAUGAUAUGGCACGUCAUGCCGUAGAGACCACUGCACAGAGCGACAAUAAGAUCACCUGGGCCAUGAUCCGGGAACACAUGGGAGAAAUUCUCUACAGGAUCAGUUCCAUGAAAUUUAAGGACCCAGUAAAAGAGGGUGAGGAGAAGAUCAAAGCUGAUUACGCUCAACUCCAUGAAGACAUGCAGAACUCCUUCCGAACACUUGAAGACUAAGAGUCUGUCCCUAGCCAUCAUUCUCAGGGCAGGGCAGCAGAACCCCACAUCCCCCCAAUGCACACAGUCAAUGUCCUUUUCCUUUGUCUUAUUGCUGUCUAAUACAUUCCACUGCUUUUUGUUCAUCUUGUGGUGUUAUAGAUGCUCUAGUGUUCUUGAGGUGUCUCAAAAUACCUUUGUGUGUGUGCGUGUGCAUUUGUGUAUAUGUGCAAUCUGUAUGAUCCUCUUCAAAGCCUCUGCUUCAGUUUAUAUUUUACAGAUCAUCCUCUCUAUAGAUGUUAUUAAAUAACGAUGUAAUUAUUGUUCUAUUUUUAUCUGUACAGAAGACUGGAAGACAUGACUUCAGAGAUUCACUAUAUUUACUGCUGGAAUAUUUACAGUUUUAAUGGUUGCCAACAUAUUUCUUGUCGUUUUUGGUAUGGAUGUUUAUUGCAGUAUUGUCCUGUAUAUUUCUUUGAGGACACUUCCUCUUCAUUGCUCACAUGAGUCCUGGAAAAAUAUAAAUAAAUAUUGAUGAAUUUACAAGUAUUGUGAAUAACUGUUUUUAAGUGGAUGUGUUUUGGGGUUCUGCAUUUUUAAACAAAAUGCUUUUUAGUAGUUUGUUUUAACCAAAUAUAUUUGGUUAACAGUCCUUCAGCCUCCCCCCCCAUCUUUGUUUGCAUAAAUGUUUGAUCCUUUUCAGAUAAAAUUUGAGCAAGCAAGAUUAUCAGGGCUAUUAAUAUGAAAUAUGUGGAAAUUAUUCUCAAAAAAUUUAAAACUGUUGCUCUACUUUCAAAAUUUCUUCUAUUUCUCCAAAUGAAGAUAUUUAACCAUCACCCUUGGCUUAGUCAUGUGCUCAUCAUUUUACACCUGUUUUGAGGUAUGUACUGUGUAAAAAGUGCUUUAAAAAUAAGUUGGGUUGUGGUGUGUUUGCAAACUUUUCAUCACUGUAGAGAGUAGUUCCUCAAGUAUUUCUAGCUUUGUGUAAGUCAUUGUGUAGCCAAGAACUAUGCACUUCUUACCAGUAUCAUAUGAUUUGGCAUAUAAAAUGGCAUAUCAUAAAAGCGAAUAACUAUUCCCGUUAUUUCUAGGGUAAAAAAUAGUUUUGUCAAACUUACAUCC